ACGAUCGAUAGCGUCACAGAGAGGCACGGGCUACCUAGGGAUUGUACGUACGCUCUCGAGAGGACGCUCACUCCGUCGAUCAUCACCAAUGGGAUCUGCACUGUUGUCGAUGGUGCGGAUGAUGAAGCCGAAGAAGGACGGCGCGCCGCCCGCCUUCGUGCACGACCUGCACCGCGAGUACCAAAUUCUCCAGGAACGCUCCGUGUGCGGGUGCGGCAGCCAAUCGCUGCCGCACCACGGGACGACGGCGACUCCUUGCCGCCAGCGCACCGAAGAGGAGCGCGACGCCUCCAUCAUCUGCCACGUCCACCUCGCUCUCCGUCACUACAACGCCACCAACCCGGGCUCGGAGUUCGUUCCCGUCAAGCCUCUCAUGGCCGCGUACGUGGGUUUCCAAAGCCACAUCUGGGUCCACGUGGGCUUCGUGGCUCACAGGAAGAAGAUCGCCAGCAGCAAACGGAGGCGGAACCAGGCCAACGACACGGACAAGACCUUCUUCGCGGAGCUGCGCUACAGCCACCACUCCGGCGCGCCGGCCGUCGAAACAUGCACCAUCAUCGAGAAGUCGUCGCGCAAAAGCCACUUAAAAACCGCGUGUGCAUUUUGCCCCGAAAGCUUUCAGAUUUUGCACCCACUUGACGGAAGCUUCCUGUGCGGAAAGAAGAGCCAGGCAAACGAAGGGCAGGGUUUCAUACAUUUCACGAACCUGCUUGAGUUACCGUUCACAUGCCCCAUGGCCAGUGGACAAGGCAAGGAGGAUGCGGCAGCCCCAGAGGAGGAGGAGGAGCAUAGUAGCGUCCUAAGCUGGGCCGCCCUCCCCUUUCUUCUCGGUUAUCUUUGCCGGUCUUUGAUGAUAAGCAUCUGGACUAGAUCAGGGGCAAAGCUAGCGAGAAGUUAAUGCAAUGAGUUCAUGUUAAACCCAAUGAAGAGUGAUGUAUGGCAAUAGCAAGGCCAUGUAUCAGACUCUUUAAGAUUUUGAAGUUGAUGUAUGAGACUGAAAUUGCGACAACUUUGUAUACUAAUCGUGCAAUUUACACACACACACACACACACUCUCUCUCUCUCACUCACUUCUUUUGUAAUCUAUAAGCCGCUGCAUUGUACACUUUGAAAUAGGAAACAAGGUAAUAGAUGUUUAGGUG